AUGGCGGCUGCAGGCGGCACCGGCACUGGCAGCAGCAGCGUCCGGCGCUCGCCCAGGCCUCCAGGCCCGCCGCUAGGCCCCGUGCCGCGCGACCCUCGCUCGGGGAGGCCGGGGGAGGGCGCCGCUCAUGCCCCGCGUGCCCAGCUCCCGCGUCCGCCCUCUCGGCCGGCCCCCGGCGACGCCUCACGCGCCGGCGCGCAGACCAGUGCGCUCCCCGCUCGUUUACCCCCGUCCCCUGGCAACGCGCGGCACGUCGGGAAAUGUAGUCCGCGAGCGGUUGGCCAGGAGAAGGGAGCCCUGCGCAACCAUGACUGUGUCUUGAUUUGCAAGUCGGAGAUAGAGGGUGGUGAACAGCCUCCAGACAGUGGCUUCCUGGGACUCACCACCAAGAUGUUUCAAGUGAAAAGGCUGGAGGAAAUCAGCACGUGCUAUGACAGCAACGGCCUGCAGAAAAUGGCUUUUUUCCAGUGCAUGGAAAAGGUUGAGAAAGUGAAAUGUUUUCUGGAAGAAAAUUCUAGUGACCAGGAUCCAGGACCUGGAGAGAAUGAGCUGAAGGAGGAGGGAUGGCCAGACUCUGAUCCGAAGGAAGGAGCACCUGCCAGCAGCGAAAGAACAUCACUGCCCGCAGAGAGAUCUACCCAGAAGCAGCAACUCUCUUCCGAACAAGAAAAGAUUCAUAAACUCAACGUGGAAAAUGCUGAGAAGACCAAUUUCUGUCUAGCCCAGACAAGUCUGACCGUAUGUUACUCAGAAAGACAAGACGAGGGAGGGGAUGCUGCACCAAAACAUUCCGUAGAGACAAGAGAGAAUAGAGAUGACAAAGACAUUUCCAAGAGCCUGAAUGGGCAGGAAAAUAAUGUGGAUCCAGGCAGAUGUCCAGUGUCCAAAGGGGGGAAAGAUGAAUUUCAGGAAGACAUCGGUGAAAGAGAAGAGGAGAAAAAAGAAUCAACUUCUGCCAAGGAAGUGGUGCUGGACCCCUAUUCCAGCCACAAGUCCAAUGCUCAUCAGACUAACGGUGAUCAGUUCCAUGAAAGGUGCGCCGGCAGCAUACAGGCCCUUGCCCCAUCACUACCAAGCCUGGGAGAUUCAGCAAGAGACGUCAGUCUGCAGAAGGCUGAGCAAGUCGAGUCCACAGGCUGCAGUAAACGAAGAGUGAUGGAGGAAGAGGAGGAGGAGGAGUGCUUCAUCAACGAGGACAACAAAAAGAGCAGAAUGGAUGGAGCGGGCGUAGGGCAUCAACAUGCCUUGGAAAGGCCCCAGGAAGCCGUGCAAACCCAGGCGAGCGGCCGGGGCGAGCCCCAGGAACUUGCUGGAGUGAAGACCGCCAGAGAGCCAGAACUGGGGAGCCCACUGGAUGGCAUCCUGGCACCUGCUGCCCCAUUCGGUCACCGUAUUGUGACAGCCAGACAGGCAGCGGUCAACAGUUUCUACACUGUGAGCAAAACAGAAAUCUUAGGAGGCGGGCGUUUCGGCCAGGUUCACAAGUGCGAAGAGAAAGCAACAGGACUGAAGCUGGCCGCCAAAAUCAUUAAGACCAGAGGCGUGAGGGACAAGGAGGAAGUGAAGAAUGAGAUCAGUGUCAUGAACCAGCUGGACCACGUGAACCUCAUUCAGCUCUACGAUGCCUUCGAGUCCAAGAAUGACAUCGUGUUGGUGCUGGAAUAUGUGGAUGGUGGGGAGCUCUUCGACCGCAUCAUCGAUGAGAACUGCAGCCUCACGGAGCUGGACACCAUUCUCUUUGUCAAGCAGAUAUGUGAGGGCAUCAGACACAUGCAUCAGAUGUACAUCCUGCACUUGGACCUGAAGCCUGAGAAUAUCCUGUGUGUGAGUCGGGAUGCUAAGCAAAUAAAGAUUAUUGAUUUUGGAUUGGCCAGAAGAUACAAGCCCAGGGAGAAGCUGAAGGUGAACUUUGGGACCCCGGAGUUUCUUGCCCCCGAAGUUGUCAACUAUGAUUUCGUUUCCUUUCCCACAGACAUGUGGAGCGUGGGGGUCAUCGCCUACAUGUUACUUAGUGGCUUAUCACCUUUCCUGGGAGACAACGACGCGGAGACACUGAACAAUAUCCUGGCCUGCAGGUGGGAUCUGGAGGACGAAGAGUUUCAGGACAUCUCCGAUGAGGCCCGGGAGUUCAUCUCCAAGCUUCUCAUCAAGGAGAAGAGUUGGAGAAUAAGUGCGAGUGAAGCUCUCAAGCACCCUUGGUUGUCAGACCACAAGCUCCACGCCAGACUAAGUGCCCAGGAGGAGAAGAAGAAUGGCAGCCCCAACGCUCAGAGCCUGUGACCAAAGGCAUCUCCACUGGGUGUCCCUUAGAAAGGAAAACUACUGCGGUUACCGCUGCUUGGAGAAGAUUUUUGGAAAAAUCAGUGGUUCUGCUGCCUUGACCCCUGUGAUGACUGCUGGCCAAAGCAGGGAGGAACCUUUGAACUUGAACUCUGAGUGAUUCUCCAAGUUCUCCGUGCAGGAGGCAGAGGGGACGCUCAGUGCCGUAGCCUCAAGGGAGGCCUGGGGGUUAACAUGGCUGUCUGCAUCGCAGACAGGCACCUUGGGAAGGCACUUCCAUAUCAUUCAGAGCUUACCCUGUUUUGGCUUUUUGAUCCUAGUCCCAGGGCCGGACGAGGCUGCCUCAUGUCUGCUGUUUCUCAGACUGCUGGAGAGCACGACUGAGAUUUGAAAACCCAAAGGAUGCAUGGAAAGUGAGCAAAGAGGACCCAGUACUAAGGGAAUGUUUCCAUUGCCAGGAAGGAGCUCUCAUCGGGUACUCCCUUGGACACCUCGUUCCUUAGGGCCCAUUCAUUUUUCUUAGGUCUGAAAUCAGUUGAGUUCCCUGGACAAAUUCCUUGCUUGCUGGGAACAUGCAGCUUUGGAUACUGAGGCAAGGAGCACCAGGUACUGACGCUUUCAUUUCCUCUGCGUUCUCCUGCCAUCGCACCAGGGGCUCCCAAUCAGCCGUGCUUGUCCCACUGUA